AUGGCAGGCAAUGGCGGCCUGCCCACACUAGGCCGCGUGAAGCUCGUCGAUCUAAUCCCUUCCGAGGGAAUACCUUCGGAUACCUACAAACUCUCUGUCUCCACUUUAUCCCAGUCCUUUGCCCAAUACUCGGCCGCCAUUGUCCAAUUCCCCUCUAAAGAUGGAGCCCUCAUGAACUCUUGCCUCGAUUCUGCUCGCCUCUAUUUCCACCACAGGCCUCCUUUCCCCUCAGCCGACACCAUCCAUCCUGAUGACUCACGUCAGUGGUGCAAAACCUCCGGCUAUCGCUCGGACCCACACUUAUGGCAGGAGACUUAUGACUUCAGGCCCGGACUCACAACAACCUCCGAUGAGAUCGAGAUCCCGCCAGCUGGCCUGCCCGACCUCUUCCCGAUCCUUGGGAAAGCUUCGAGGGACGUGUUGGACGCCAUAAGCUUCUAUCUGAACCUUCGAAGCUCGCCGUUCACUGAAGUCCUUGAUAAUGUCCCGUUGAGAAAUCGCGAAAUAUCAUCCUCCGUUUUGUCUCCCAUGCGCGGGUAUAAGGAUGGAGAUUGGGUGGCCCCCAAGCGUCCCCUUUGUGCAUCCACAUGA